GCACGAAUACUCAAGCUUCAAGGCCGGGUUCCCAUCCACAUCUGGCUCUCGGGGCCCUUGUUCUAAAGUACUCAGACUGUUCGUGGGCAUUCAGAGACUUCAUAUCGAAUGAUUUCCAUUGGGUCGGAUGUUGUCCCGACGCCCAUGUGGUGGAAUCGUUCCCGUCAAGAGAGAACUCUCAGGGAAAGGUUCUCGUGGAUGUAUUUCGUGCAUUUUCUAAUGAAGGCCACACGACCGUCGGGGUGCAAGAGGAAAUGAUGCUACGGUACGUCAAGCUUGCGCUGAUGGACUAAGGAGUUACCGUUGUUCGUGAGAGGUUGGUGGGUCACAUCACUACCUAUGCUGAAACUUACCAUUGAGUUUGUCUAAUGCCGUUACCCUCACCGUAUGUAUAAGUGGCAUGUGCAAGAUAAGCGUUUUCCGUUUACAUAGAUAGCACAAGCGACCGGGCAAGGUCCUAGAUGUUAUUCUUGGAUACACAACUUUGUUCAGGCCCAAUCCUAUGGUAUAAAAGUUGAAGUAUCACUUAGGCUAUGCUAGGUUGAUAGCGGUCCCAACAUAUCAGUCCUUCGUCUCCUUUGGCUAUCGAGAUGCGUUCUUGGGGUCUCAUCUCCGUUUUGUCUUGGACUAUUGCUGUAACCUUUGCCUUGCCUUCCCGUCGAUUCAACCAUGUCAUUCACGAGAGACGCGCGGUUGAACCGGUAGACUGGGUCAGGACUCGUAAGUUGGAGGCGGACAAAGUACUGCCUAUGCGCUUCGGCUUGACACAACAGAAUCUCCAUCGUGUUGAGGAGAUGCUUAUGGCUGUGUCUCAUCCUAACUCGGUCGACUAUGGAAAACACUUAUCUGCGGUUGAUGUGGUCAAUGCAUUUGCUCCUAGCGUUGAGACUAUUGCUGCCGUUACUGAAUGGCUUACCGAAGCCGGCCUUCACAAGGACCGCUUGCGUCUCUCGGCUAGCAAAGGAUGGAUCGAAGUCAAUGCUACAACUGAAGAGGUCGAGCAACUUCUCGACACUGAGUAUCAUGUCUAUACUCACUCCUCCGGUGUCGAGCAAAUCAGCUGCCACUCUUACUCUGUACCGGAACAUGUUAAGGCACACGUCGACAUCAUCAAACCGACGGCUCACUUCAACCAUCGCGUCCCUUCCGACCCGUCUCGUAAACGUUCAUUCGAGCGAAUCGGCAUGCCGUCCGCAAACACUGGACCGAAGACAAACGGAAAGAAGGUCGCCAUUACGCCGUCACUUGAGAACUGUGAUCAAAUGAUAACUCCCGACUGCCUUCGAGCUCUCUAUUCCAUUGACGUCACGCCGGUGGCCACUGACCAGAAUUCAUUCGGAAUAGUUGAGUUCACACCUCAAGCUUUCCUCGCUGGAGAUCUGGAUCUGUUCUUUGGAAAUUUCUCACCGAGUCAGGUCGGGACGAGACCCACAUUAGUGUCUAUCGAUGGAGGUGUCGUACAAACUACCCAGCAAAGUUUCGAUUUCAAUGGCGAAAGUGACCUAGAUCUCGAGUAUGCUUUCGCCCUUACAAAUCCUCAGCCGAUCACUCUCCUGCAGACCGGUGAUCUAUUCGAAGGUGCCUCGUUUGAUAAUUGGCUUGACGCCGUUGACGGGUCUUUCUGUACCUUUGAAGGCGGCGACAACCCCGAAUUUGACGGCAUUUAUCCUGACCCUGCUCGCGGUGGAUUCCCUGGUCUCCCUUCUUGUGGCAUCAUUUCGCCUCCGUUCGUUAUCUCGGUCUCUUACGGACAAGAUGAAGGUUCCUUAACACCAGCGUAUGCCCAACGUCAAUGCGCCGAGUACGCCAAGCUCGGAAUGAUGGGUACGACAAUUCUAUAUAGCUCUGGAGACGACGGUGUAGCCGGCAAUGGAGGAAUCUGCUUGAAUGCUCAAGGUCAACCAUCGCGUACUGGCACACGCUUCAGUCCCGACUUCCCCGUCACCUGUGGAUUCCUCACGGCCGUCGGUGCAACUCAGGUCAACCCAGGCUCUACGGUCAACGAUCCAGAGGGCGCAUGCGAGCAAGUCAUCUUCAGCGGCGGAGGCUUCAGCAAUUUCUUCGAGAUGCCGGAUUACCAGGCAGACGCUGUUACAGGUUUUCUCACUAAUCACCCUCCUCCUUUCACUUCUGCACAGUUCAACAACAGCGGAAAUGCUCGUGGUUUCCCUGAUCUUUCCGCCAAUGGAGCAAACUAUGUGAUCGGCAUCAAUGGCGAGUUUGGCCUCGUCUUCGGCACAUCUGCCUCAGCACCCGUUGUUGGAUCAAUGAUCACUCUUAUCAACGACGCUCGUCUUGCUGCCGGGAAGGGUCCAGUUGGAUUCAUUAAUCCUGCAAUUUACUCCGCCGACUUCGCGGACGCAUUCAAUGAUAUUACAAUGGGCGGAAAUCGGGGUUGUGGCACUGCUGGAUUCACUUCCACCGAAGGCUGGGAUCCUGUUACGGGCGUUGGCACACCCAACUUGUCGAAGCUUCUGCCGAAAUUCCUAGCUUUACCUUGAUUCACUUUGGGCAUGUUGACUGGGUUAUCUACAUGGGUCUUUCAUUUUCUUCUCGAUAGAUCUCGCACGCGGUACUGCAAAGAUUUCAAUACAAACACACAAGGGCGAAAUGGAAUUUCUUGCUACGAAAUUGGCCGUGCCAAUAAACUGUUUCCGAUGCUGACACCGCGCGAAACGCUUUCGACGAAUACUCCUGAAUAAAGCAACCCUUCCGUAGUCCCCUCUUGGAUUCCAUGAUGGACGACAUCUCCCCGGUCGGCAGGUCUGUCCGCCGGAUUCACGAGCGGAAGCUGAGGAAGAUGCCAAGCAAAAUCAGACUCGAUGGCUAACUGUCCUCUUACCUUCAAAACGCCGAAGUGGAAGUCCCCUUGGUCAGAUGCGCCACUAGCAACAGAAAGGUUGGGUACAAGUCGUGUUACUGGUCGAAGAGGUGAUGCAUCCUUUGAAUAGAACACCGCUAGAGUCUUAUUCGUCCAAUCAACUUGGAUUGCGAAGUGAUGCCACGAGCCAGAUGUGAAAGGAGCCGUGAAGAGGACAUUCAAGUCGUGGUCAAGGACUUUGAAUGAAUGUGCGUUCUUGGCAGGAAGUUUGCCUGUAGGGUUCGUGAACGGAGACCCUGAAUCCAGCGUUAAAUCAAUCAUGAGCGAUUUUUAUGGAGAGUACAGUUUGGCAUACCAAGUUGGAUCCCAAAGACAUGCGUCCCUUCGCUAGGCUCAAUGAAGACAAUCUGAUACUCAUGACUAUAAUUCAAAGGUCUUCUUUCAUCUUUCUUGAUAGAGAAGUGGAACACUGUAGUCCCACUUUCCAAGACAGGGUUCAAAUCGUCAUGAUCGCCAUUCACGGCUGCGAUAAACUCUGUACGCCGAAAACCAAGCUGUGGUGGACCAGAACCCGGUAUGAACACGGAAGUGUUGUCGAUAGAUACCGAGAUGACUUGCUCUGCGGGUAUGAGUAAGACUUUGUUCCAGAGGGGAGUAGGAUGCAAGGCAUGUCCAUGCAGGUUCGAGUACUAGAGAUAGGCUGCUGUGAGUUCGUAAAGGCCGCAGAAUGAUGGA